AUGUCAUUUACAAAUUAUCGAAAUCCAAAUGCAAAUCGAUCAAGUAAUACAAAUGAUGAAAAUUCAAAAGAUCUGAAAUCAAAUAUUCGUGAAAGUCGUUGGAUUCAACCUGAACAAUGGCAAUCACCUGAAGUUCAAGAAAAAUUUGAUAAAGGAGCUAUAGAUUUUCCUUCAGUACAUGGAAUGCUUCAACAAUUAGGUAUUAAAGUUCAAAAAUUUGAAUUAAAUAAAAUUCUUGAACAACAUGAUCGAAAUAAAGAUGGUCAUAUGAAUAAAGAAGAAUUUGAAGAACUUUAUUUAAAACUACGUGCGGAGAAAGAUCCAGGUAGUACGUGGGGACGUUCUGUUAAACCAACUGGUGGUGUUGAUCGAUUUGUUACUAUACGACGAGAUUCAACUGAUGAUUUAGAUUCAACAUCAUCUGCUGUUGAACAAAAACAAGAAGCAUCUGGGCCAUAUCAUAGUGUGUUAAUUGAAGAACGUGAAUGGAGUGCCAACUGGAUAAAUCAACUACUUGCUGAUGAUGUUCAUUUAAAUUUACGUGCUAAUCCUAUCGAUACAAAAGAUUCACAAGCACUUUAUAAACGAUGUCAAGAUGGUAUCUUACUUUGUAAAUUGAUCAAUAUUGCUGUACCUAAAACAAUUGAUGAACGUGCGAUUAAUUUAAAUUUAUCUAAACAAGAUAUAUUUCGACAAAGUGAAAAUUUAGAACUUGCUAUUAAUUCUGCACGUGGUAUUGGUUGUAAAGUAGUUAAUAUUCAUCCUGAAAAUAUUUCUAAAGCUGUCCCACAUCUUGUUAUGGGUCUACUUUGGCAAAUUAUUCGAGUUCAAUUAACAAAUGAAAUUAAUUUAAAACAUGUUCCUGGUCUUAUAUUACUCUUACGUGAUGGUGAAACAGCUGAAGAUCUAUUAAAAUUAUCACCUGAAGAAUUAUUAUUACGAUGGUUUAAUUAUCAACUACAACGAACACAAUAUAGUGGCAAACAAGUAUCAAAUUUUAGUAAUGAUAUUAAAGAUUCUCAAGCAUAUACAUAUUUACUUAAUAUUAUUGCUCCAGAAAAUACAAAACCACCUGUAGGACUUAGUCCAUUAAAGGAAGAUGAUUUACGUCGUCGAGCUGAACUCAUGUUAAAAGAAGCUGAUAAAAUUAAAGCACGAGCACAUAUAACACCUGAAGAUGUUGUCAAAGGAAAUCCGAGACUUAAUUUCGCUUUCGUAGCAAAUUUAUUCAAUACAUAUCCAGCAUUAGAUCUUCCAACUGAACAAGUACCUGAAGCAGGUGUUGUUAUUGAAGAAACUCGAGAAGAAAAAACUUAUCGAAAUUUUAUAAAUAGUCUUGGAAUUGAACCACAUGUGAAUUAUCUUUAUUCAGAUCUUUGUGAUGGUUUAAUUAUUUUACAGCUUUAUGAUAUUAUCCGUCCGAAUACAGUUGAUUGGCCAAAGAUAUAUAAAACAUUUAAUGCAAUUAAAGAACGUUUUCAAAAAUUAAAUAACUGUAAUUUUGCUGUUGAUUAUGCAAAAGAACCACUUCAUUUUAAAAUAACGGGUAUUGGUGGUCCCGAUAUUCUUGAAGGAAAUAAAACAUUAACACUUGGUCUUGUCUGGCAAAUAAUGCGUGCAUAUACAUUAUCAAUAUUACAGAAAUUAGCCAAAUCAACAACACCUAUUGCUGAUAAAGAUAUUAUUAAUUGGGCUAAUCAAAAAUUAAAAAGUGCGAAUAAAAAAACAUUUUUAAAUAAUUUUCAAGAUCAUUCAUUAAGUGAUUCUAUGCUUAUUUGUGAUUUAAUUGAUGCUAUUAAACCAGGAUCUAUUCAAUAUAAUUUACUUAAAACAUCUGGAACACCCGAAGCUAAAAUGGAUAAUGCUUUGUAUGCGAUAUCAAUGGCACGAAAAAUUGGUGCACGUAUUUAUGCCUUACCGGAUGAUAUUGUUGAAACUAAACAAAAACUGCUUCUAACAGUUUUUGCAUGUCUUAUGGCAAGUGAUAUGAAUAUAGGAAAAACAUAA